CAUUUCAUAUUUAUCCCCCAAGAUUGUUCUGAUCUGCUGAAGUCAGGCUAUACUCAAAAUGGAGUUUACUCCAUAAAUCCUGAUGGAAGAGGAUCCUUUAAUGUAUAUUGUGACAUGCGCACUGAUGGUGGAGGAUGGACCGUGUUCCAGAGAAGACAAAAUGGCUCGGUAGACUUCUAUCGCGGCUGGAAUGAUUACAAAUCGGGCUUUGGUCAGCUGACGGCUGAGUUCUGGUUAGGAAACGACAGAAUCCACAGGUUGACGGCUGCUAGACCCAGUACUCUGCGAGUGGAGCUAGAGGACUGGAACGGAGUAAGAGUAUACGCCAAAUAUGGCAAGUUUAAAGUUGGUGAUGAGCAGGCGAAGUAUCGACUUGAAGUGGGUUCAUAUUCAGGGACAGCAGGAGAUUCGUUAGCAUAUCAUAAUAAUAUGGCAUUUAGCACCAAAGACAGAGAUAAUGACAAUUGGAGUAGUAACUGUGCUGUGUCAUACACUGGUGCCUGGUGGUACAAGCAUUGCCACCGUUCCAAUUUAAAUGGAAAAUACCUGGGAAGAAAAUUUGACAACAGAGGAGCCCGUUGGAGUGGCUUCAGAAAUUCUCUUUCACUUAAAUUUACUGAAAUGAAACUUAGGCCGUCAUCAUAG